CCUCCUAUUUUCCAACAAUCAUCUCCCCAGUGUUGGUUCACGGAAAGUCUUUUAUUCUUUCAAACUGCCCAAACAACUUGGACGGGACCUAAACGUACAGAAGAAGGGAAGAUAAGGACAAGGUAGAAAAGGUGACCAUGGGGAAGAGAGUGGCCAUCGUUGGAGCUGGUGUCAGUGGCUUGGCUUCCAUCAGGUGCUGUCUGGAAGUGGGGCUGGAGCCCACCUGCUUUGAGAGGAGCAACGACAUCGGUGGCCUAUGGAAAUUCUCGGACCGUGUGGAGGAAGGCAGGGCCAGCAUCUACCGGUCAGUCUUCACCAACUCUUCCAAAGAGAUGAUGUGCUUCCCCGACUUCCCGUAUCCCGAUGACUUCCCCAACUUCAUGCACCACAGCAAGCUCCAGGAAUACAUUACUGCAUUUGCCAAAGAGAAAAACCUCCUGAAAUACACACAAUUUAACACAUUUGUAACCAGUGUAGAGAAACAUCCUGAUUUCUCAAUCACCGGCCAAUGGAAUGUCACCACUGAAAAGGAUGGUAAAAAAGAAUCGUCUAUCUUUGAUGCUGUAAUGGUUUGUUCUGGACAUCACGUGUACCCCAACCUACCGAAAGAGUCCUUUCCAGGACUAGAACUUUUUAAAGGCAAAUGCAUCCACAGCCGGGACUAUAAGGAACCAGGAGCAUUCAAGGGGAAGAGAGUCCUGGUGAUCGGCCUGGGGAAUUCGGGCUGUGAUAUCGCCACGGAACUCAGCCACAUAGCUAAACAGGUCAUCAUCAGCUCCAGAAGUGGCUCCUGGGUGAUAACCCGGGACUGGGAUAAUGGCUAUCCAUGGGACAUGAUGCUUGUCACUCGAUUUGAAACCUUCCUCAAGAACAAUCUACCGACAGCCUUCUCUGACUGGUGGUACAUGAAGCAAAUGAAUUCAAGAUUCAAGCACGAGAACUAUGGCUUGAUGCCUUUAAAUGGAACAUUGAGGAAGGAGCCUGUGUUUAAUGAUGAGCUCUUAGCUUGCAUUCUCUGCGGAAGAGUGUCCAUUAAGCCUAAUGUGAAGGAGUUUACAGAGACUUCAGCCAUUUUUGAGGAUGGGGCAGUGUUUGAGGCCAUUGAUUGUGUCAUUUUUGCAACAGGCUAUGGUUAUGCCUAUCCUUUCCUUGAUGACUCAAUCAUCAAAAGCAGAGACAAUGAGGUCACCUUGUUUAAAGGCAUCUUCCCUCCUCAACUGGAGAAGCCCACCUUGGCAGUGAUUGGCCUUGUCCAGUCCCUUGGGUCUGCCAUUCCCACAGCUGACAUGCAGGCCCGCUGGGCAGCACAAAUAAUAAAAGGAACUUGCACUUUGCCUUCUGUGAGAGACAUGAUGAAUGAUAUUGAUGAGAAAAUGGGGAAAAAGCUCAAAUGGUUUGGCAAAAGCGAAGCCAUACAGACGGAUUACAUUGUUUAUUUGGAUGAAAUUGCCUCCUUCAUUGGGGUAAAGCCCAGCAUCCCAUGGCUGUUUCUCACGGAUCCCAAGCUGGCUGUGGAAGUGUUCUUUGGCCCUUGUAGUCCAUAUCAGUAUAGGCUGGUGGGCCCAGGGAAGUGGCCAGGAGCCAGAAAUGCCAUCCUGACCCAAUGGGACCGGGUACUGAAACCCACGAACACGAGAGUUGUUGGGAGUCCUCAGAAACCUUGCUUAUUCUCCCACUGGCUCAAGCUCCUUGCUAUUCCUAUUCUAUUCAUUGCUAUUUUCCUUGUGUUGAUUUAAUCAUGAUGCCCUCUAGGACUCUGAAAGUCACCAACAAUACCUGAACUUUGCUAUUUAAAAAUUAAGAAUUUCACACCUUCCACUUUCCUAUUCAGCAAGAGUCAGUAAAACAGUACUAUUUCUAGGCUUUUAAAUAAGCCCCUUUAAGAAUCAUAUCAUCAUCUGAAGAGGGCAUUUAUCAUUUCUUUUAGGUUUCACUACCAGUCCGUAAUCAGGAAGAUUUUCUCUCUCUCUCACCUAAAUCAUCUCCUGAAACAUUUUGACAUGAUUUCUUUUCUCCUUUAAACAAUGUUUGAAAUAUGUACUCUAAAUCUAAACAAAGAGCAAAUUAAGCAGAGUAGUUAUGACAUUCUCAGGCUACCUCUGCAAACCAUUUGCAGGACGGAGGGGAGAGUUUGGAGAUUACAUUCUUUCUGUUGUAUGCUGCAUCCUCCAGGCGAUGACUCCUGUUCCCCACCAAGAAACACAGCAUGGAGUCCUGCUCUAUAAGGAAAGUUAAGGAGAAGUAACUCAUUUUAUUUAUAUUCUCAAUAAGGAAACAAACUUUCCAGAAUGUAGCAGCAAAAUAACAACAACAAAUAGAACUCCAAAUAUACCUUUUGUCUGAAUGGAAAGUCUUUUAAAAAAUUACAUAGUUAGUCAAAACUAUGAGCUAAGUUUAACACUACCCUUAUAGAAUGAACUCCUGGGGUAUCAGAAUAAAACUAAAUUUUAUUUUUUAAAGUAUUACUACAUUUUAUAAUUAAAAUUUUGAUAUUUAAAAUUUUUAAAGUUUGACCUUAUGGAGCAGAUAAUGUAAUCUGUCAGCACUGUCAGUCACCAGGGGACCUCCACAGCAUGUUAGAGUCCGUAUUUCCUGCCACGCCUUCGCUUCUAAGUGGGCCAGUGGGACAAGAAGAUCUAGAUAUGGGAGGGCAGCAGGAGACCCGAUUUCCUUCAAUACUUUCUUCUUUUCUUUUUUUUAUUCUCUUUAUAUUUUAUCCUUGGAGCUAAGAUUUAUCAUGAAUGUUGUUAUACACAGUUUUAAAUCUUUCGCUUUUCCUAAUUGUUGAAGGUAGCAAAGUAAUAUUCUGCUUUUAAAGUCUUCUCACAAUAUGUGAAAUAUUCCCAAGUGAAAGAGAACUUUUCUUGAAACCUUGUGGCCUAACUGGAAUCACGUAACUGAAAAUUAAAUAAAGCUCAUAAAGUUUA